AUGAAAAGAUUUAAUUUUCUGAUCAUUUGUUUCUGCUUCGUUCAUUUGGCGAGUCACGAGGUCUGCCAGUAUCCAAGCGGUCGUCCCAAAUGCAACUGCCCUGUUGGAUCCUGCUCUCUCGUUAACAAUAACAGUGAAUCCAAUGAUUACAAAUGUAUCGUCGGUUGUUCUGCCGCCACUUGCAUUCAUGGAACCUGUUCGGCUGUCGGGAGCAACUACAAAUGUGCCUGUGCCACAGGUUUCAAGGGCUCCAAUUGUGGAGCAGACAUCGACGAAUGUGCUAUUGGCAACAAUCCUUGCAAAAAUGGAGGAGUAUGCGUUAACACGGUCGGCAGUUAUACUUGCCAGUGCAAAAGUGGUUUCACCGGUGCAAAUUGUGCUUCAGAUAUUGAUGAAUGUGAGACCGGCAAUGCGUGUUUGAACGGUGGAAAGUGCAUCAACACGAUCGGUUCCUUCAACUGCCAAUGCAAACGUGGCUACACUGGUUCAACCUGUGCUUCUGUUUCACCUGCAACUGUAGAACUGGAUACACUGGCGCCUAUUGUAGAUCGGGUUAUUUGCUUCUUCAUUGCAACUUUCAUCGAUUUAAUGGCUCUAGAAGAUGAGAACGAAUGCGAGGACGACAAGAGGUGCGUGAAUUCAGAUUCCUGUCGAAACACUGAUGGCGGUUAUUUCUGUGCGUGUGCGCCCGGAUACACUGGACCAAAUUGUACCACAGAAUUCAAUGACUUUUGGCAUGAAGUAACUUUGAAAGCUGCCAAAAAUAAUAAAGUAGCACCAUCAUUGGCGUGCGUAAGACGUGCUUCCCAAAAAUGGACGAAGGAGUAUUUCAAAAGAUUUUAUAUUCAAGCCGUGGAUCCCGAACUUGAAUGUCUGAAAACAAGAUUCAAGGUCGAAGGAUUUCUUAUUGCACAAAACGUUAAAAAAUCAGAUCUAAGUGCUUUGAAUUUGCAGGAUCAGGAUGUAAAAGUUUCAAAGCUUUUAGAAUAUUAUGGAAAUGAUACAAAUGAAGAUCGUCUUACUCUACAUCUGAAAAUGCCUGAUGCUUUUUUUGAUAUCACCUGUAACAACUUGCACAACAGAGAGAAGUUUCUCGGCCUUAAGCAGUCUAAAAACGUAUCUGCGAUCCACAAUGGGACAGGAGAGGCUGAACCACAUAUAGAUGAAUGCAGCGCUGGCACGCCCUGCCUGCAUGCUAGCACCUGUCAAAACACAGUCGGAAGUUAUACGUGCCAGUGUAAGCCCGGCUACACCAUUGGAUCAAACUGUGCUGCAGAUAUUAAUGAAUGCCUGAGCAAUCCGUGUAGGAAUGGAGGUUCCUGUGUUAACACGGAUGGCAGUUACUUCUGCCAGUGUACCAGCGGUUAUGUAGGGACCAAUUGCGAAUCGGACAUCAAUGAGUGUGCAGUAGCCAAUCCAUGUCUCCACAAUGGACAGUGCAACAACAUACCUGGCAGCUACGUAUGCACGUGUCCAACUGGUUAUGAGGGAACCAAUUGCGAAACUGACACCAACGAGUGCCUACAGACACAGGUUUGUAAGAAUGGAGGGGUGUGCUUCAACACAGUUGGCAGUUUCAACUGUCAGUGUGAUGCAGGUUACACUGGGACCUACUGUGAGAGAGAUGUUGAUGAGUGUGCGACUGCUGGUCGAUGCUUGAACGGGGGCACUUGCAACAACCUAUUCGGCCGUUACGAGUGCCACUGCGCUAAUGGGUUCGUUGGAAACAACUGCGAGCAAGAUUUGGAUGAAUGCACAGAUAGCCAUCCAUGCGUCCACGCGGUGUUGUGUCAAAAUACAAUCGGCAGUUAUAUCUGCCACUGUGUAGAUGGAUACAACGAAACCAACUGUAAUACAGACGUAAACGAAUGUGAGGUUAGCAACUUUUGUGAGAACGGAGGAUCGUGUACGAAUUCAGUUGGCAGUUUCAGAUGUCAGUGUCAAGCUGGUUACGAGGGUUCCACCUGCGCUUCUGAUCUCAACGAAUGUCAAGCUGGUUCCCAGUGCAAUGGCAGAGGAACAUGUUUCAAUACAUUUGGCAGUUACGUGUGCAACUGUGCGGCAGGUUACAACGGGGCAAAUUGUGAAUCAGACAUUAACGAAUGUAAGAUCGGUUCGCCCUGUCUCGAAGGAGGAACCUGUGAAAAUACAAUCGGCAGCUACAAGUGUGUAUGUGCCAGCGGUUUCGCUGGUGGAAACUGCGAAUCUGAUGUCGAUGAGUGUUUGGACGUUAAUUUGUGUAAAAAUGGAGCUAAAUGUGUGAACAAAGUGGGGGGUUUUGACUGCCAAUGUGCCUCUGGUUACGAGGGAAAACUCUGCAAUUCCGAUAUAGACGAAUGCAAUCCCGUCAAUCCAUGUCUCCACGGAGGGUUUUGCCAGGAUACAGAUGGGAGUUACAAGUGCUUCUGUGCAGAUGCUUACACCGGAGUCAACUGCCUAGAUGAUUUAGAAAUAAAUUUAAAACCAAUUAUCCAACAGAAUUACAAAAUCCAAAUUUUUGACUUUUCAAAUUAUUCUUGUCCAAAGAAAACUCGAAACGUCAAUUUCACAGACGUGAACGAAUGUAGCGAUCUGAGUUUGUGCCAGAAUAAUGCAACGUGCGUCAACACGGUGGGCAGUUACCGCUGCGAUUGUAGUCCUGGAUUUCAAGGCUCUAACUGCAACACUGACAUCGACGAAUGCAUAAUCGGAUCUCCGUGCAACGACAGAGGAAUCUGCCUGAACACAUUCGGCAGUUACUUGUGCCAAUGCGAUGUCGGAUACGAUGGGAACAACUGCGAAUUAGGUUGCGAUGAUGUUGACGAAUGCCAAGACGUCAAUUUGUGCAAAAAUGGAGCCACCUGUCUUAACACGGUCGGCAGUUUCAACUGCAAAUGUACUGCUAAUUUUGAAGGAGCUCUUUGCGCCACUGACGUUAACGAAUGUGAAGAUGAUCCUAUUCCAUGUUUCCACGAUGGCUUGUGUCAGAACAGCUACGGUAGCUACGAAUGUCACUGUGCAGCUGGUUACAAUGGCGGCAACUGUGAAGCAGACAUAAACGAAUGCCUGGAUGAAUCAACAUGCAUUCAUGCUGUCUCGUGCGAUAACACCGAUGGGGGUUACACUUGCCAUUGUUUGAGUGGCUUCAGAGGAAAGAAUUGUCAAACAGACAUCGAUGAAUGCGCUGAACUUUUUCCGUGCCAAAAUAAUGGAAACUGUCAGAACACAAAUGGAAGUUACAUCUGUCACUGCUCCUCCAGAUUCACUGGAUUCAAUUGCCAAACAGACGUGAACGAGUGUGAGGUUGGUGCACCGUGCAAGAAUGCGGGGACAUGUAAUAAUGUAUACGGCGGUUUUGAUUGCGAUUGUAGUGUUGGCUACCAGGGAACAACUUGCGAAUCCGGUGCAGUUAUACACAUUAUUGGAGAUUGA